GCAAACCGGAAUUCUGGAGGAGCAAAGUCAAACUGACCUGUCCAGAAAAGGCGAAGUGGUUUUACAAAAAUGAAAAAGUCCAUAAUGAAAGUGAUACCUAUGAAUUCACAUAUACGAGUAAAGGCACAUACAGAUGUGAAUACGAAACUAAUCAGAAAUAUUAUUUCUAUGUUGAAGGAAAUGUGUGUGAGAACUGCUUUGAGCUCGAUGGAAACACAUUAUUUAUGGUGAUUGUCGGGGACUUACUCCUGACAAUAAUUAUGAUGGUCAUAGUCUACAGGUGCACUAAGAAGAAAAGCCCAGCUGGGCCUCCUCAACCUUCCAAAGCACCUCCUCGAUCGGGAGGCCGAGGUCCACCUGUCCCGUCUCCUGACUAUGAG